CGUUAAAAAAAUGUCCCGCAUUCAAAGACUAACAGUCGCUCCUCUGGAUCCACUGUACGCGAAACAAAUAUCCGCUGAUACUUCGUACCAAGACGAUGAGAGAAAAGGAAAGCGACAUGGACCGUUGGAUCAGAAACUUUUUACUGGCAGUUUUUUCGGUAGACUCGACACUUUAUCCUUCCUAAUUUUUUGGAUCAUUGUAUGGCUACUAUUUAAAUGUUUGGCAUUUUCAAUAGCCAAUCUUGCGAUUGCAAUAAUCAGGACAUCUUUAUGCUCACAUCAGCCAAUAACGGCAAGAACUUGGAAACAUGGUACUGGUAAUGAGAAUGAGAUGUAUUAUGAUUUUGGUUUAACCUCCUAUCAAGGAGAUAAUAUUACUGAAUAUCGAGCUCCUCCAGAAACUACUGGUAGAGAAGCUGAAGAUCGUUCAGACAGGUACUCUGUAGCUCAGUCAGAGAUAACUAUUUCCGAAACAAAAUUUCUACAUGAAGCCACAACUCCUCCAGAAACGACUGCUAAAAAACCUCAAGCUCGUAUGGGAAGACUUAAAACAGAAACUGUAGCUCUGCCAGAUACCACUAUUUCUGAAGCGAUGACUAUGCGUGAAGUCACAACUCCUUCAGAAACUACUGCUGAAAAAACUCAAGCUCUUAUAGAAAUUGUAGCUCCGUCAGAGACCACUAUUUCUGAAGCAAAGACUAUGCUCGAAGCCACAACUCCUCUAGAAACUACUGCUGAAGAAACUCAAGCUCGUACAGAAACUAUAGCUCCAUCAGAGGUCACUAUUUCUGAAGCGAAGACUAUGCGUGAAGUCACAAUUCCUCCAGAAACUACUGCUGAAAAAACUCAAGCUCGUACAGAAACUGUAGCUCCGUCAAUGAUCACUAUACGUCGAGCCAAAACCGCUAAAACUGACUUGAUUACUCGAACCACAUCGACUCUUCCCUGGUUCGUUCCAUUUGUUUUGAAUACUACUACGAUGCCUAAAAGUUCUACGACUAAAAAGGAAGGCUGGUUGUAGGCGUUGGAUAAUCUGGGGUGAUCUAAGCUUGAGUAAAUGGAUUUCUAUAGAGUCAAAAUCACUGGCUAUGGAAAUUAAUCGAUAUAAUAAGGGAAAGUUUUAUUUUUUUUGGUAAUUUAAUAAACAAUGUCAGUUGACAAGUGA